UAUGAGGCGCAUAUUUUACCACUCACAAAACAAGGCUUUGACAAUCUUAACCAGAGCGAACUGGGUGAAACAGACACGAUGCCGGCCACCUUCCUUGUGUCACAGCUAAGUGACAAUACCAUAAGAAUUCCAAACGAGGAUCAUCACUUUUUACUUUAGAAUACAUCUUGUAACUUAGAGAAUGGACUUUCGUGGUAGGAGGCAUGAGAGAGGGAGCAACUGGACCGAUCCAGAGAUAGUGGAGCUGCUCCAGCUGUGGUCUGAUGAGUCGGUCCAGAUCGAGCUGGAGAGCUCGUUGCGCAACCAACGUGUGUUUGACCGCAUAGCCAACAUCCUGCGCGAGAAGGGCAUCUAUCGCACCGGCGAUCAGUGCAGGGAGAAGAUCAAGAAGAUGAAGCUGGAAUAUCGCCGAAUUAAGGACAACCACAAGUUGAGGUCUUGGAAGUUUUACGAUGUGAUGGACAGGGUCCUAGCAAACCGGCCGGCGAUAACCUAUUCUUCUUUAGGUGGAGCUGUCGUAGCUCAACAGGUAUUUCAAAACCCCUGUGGCCCAGAAACAUACAUGCAAGGAGCCCCAGCAAGCUCUUUUGGCCCUGCAUCUACGGGCGGGUUCUUGUUUGGCCAUCCAUCAAAAUCUGCCGAACUACUGGAUAUCAAAUGUGAGGAUGUUGAGGACAAAAUACUGAACUCAGGUGUUACAGCACCAGAAAUGUAUUAUGGGUCAGGAGAUGACCAGGAAACUGAUGGCCAGUCUGUGCUGGAGCCUGAGGACACAUUGGGGCAAGUAGAGAGCUCAGCUAAUGCAAGGAUCUCCCCCCCAGGUUUCAGUGACUUGAACAUGGCCAGCUCUGCAGCAGCCACCAAGGCUGGCGGUGGUCUUGUGCAGCAGGAAACAGUCCACCAGGCCAGUAAAGAGGGUGCACUUCCCCCAACUCCUGUGAGACAGCGAAAGCGUCGUCGGGGUGGUAGAGUGUCACGGGCCUGCGGAGGUGCUAGAUUUUGCAGUCAGAAGGGCCUGGACAAAGCCUUAGCAAGCUUCCUUAGCUGGCAGCAGUCGGCAGAAGAGCGCCUCCUCUCCCUGGAAGAGGCACGGCUAGAGAAGGAAGUGCAGGUGGAGGAGCGUAGGGAGCAGCAGGAGGAGAGGAGGGCAGAACAAGAGCGUCAGCAUGAGCUCCGUUUGCUCAGUGUGUUUGCCGGAGCAUUUGCUGCAGUCAAACAGGGUGCUCCCCCCUCUGUAGUAGGGCCUAAUGACUCCUCUGUAUCAACUCUCGCCAGUCUUGCAGCUUCACUGAUGACCACAAAUGUCCCCUCUACCUCAUCAUCUCUUUUUCAGCCUCCUCGCGAGGCUCCAGGUAGACAAGCUCCAUUGAAUGCCGAGUCACUAAACGCGACACCACCUACACCUAACAAGGCCUGUGAACCAGAUGAAAAUGGUUCAGCAACACUUAGAGGUGCAGAGACACCUGGCCAUAGUGUUUACCUGUCUAGCCGUGGCAACAGUAUUCGCCAGCAUCAAGGAAUUCUCCAGAAGGGUUACGCCCAAUAUCAUGCAGACAAACACCAUGACACGGACAACCCUAAUGGUAUCAUCAACAUGGGUACUAGUGAGAACAAACUAUGCUAUGAUCUUCUCCAUAAACGGCUGACCCAGCCUGACAUGUUGCAUAUUGAACCCUCUUUGUUGCAGUAUCCUGACUGGAAGGGACACAACUUCUUGAGAAAUGAGGUUGCAAGUUUCCUGUCUCACUAUUGUGGUUCUCAGAGCCCACUGGCUGCUGACAAUAUUGUGGUGAUGAAUGGGUGUGGGUCCCUCUUCUCAUCUGUUGCUGCAGUAAUCUGUGACCCUGAAGAUGCCAUUUUAAUUCCUACUCCAUUCUAUGGUGUAAUUGCCGAGGAUGUGCACCUGUACAGCGGUGUCAAACUUUUUCAUGUUCCUCUUGACUGUAAGGGUGGUGACGAGGACAGUCGACCCUUCCACCUCACCGUGGCCAAAUUGGAAGAAGCUUUAAGAAGGGCAAAGAGAGAGGGAGUAGUUAUCAGAGCUGUUAUCCUGGUGAACCCCCACAACCCGCUGGCUGAUGUCUAUACCCCCCAGGAGAUGACUGGCUUUUUGGAGUUUGCCAAAAGACAUGAGCUCCAUGCUAUCAUUGAUGAGGUGUACAUGCUAACAGUCUUCGACGAAUCAUUAACGUUUCACAGUGUCCUCAGUUUUGACAGUUUGCCCAGUCCACAGAGAACUCAUGUACUAUGGGGGAUCAGCAAGGACUUUGCGAUGGCAGGGGUCAGAGUUGGUACUCUGUACACAGAGAAUAGAGACCUAGUGGAGGCUUUGGACCAGCUGGCCUCAUUUCAUGGUGUCCCUGGACCUACACAGCACCAGGUGGCACAGUUGCUUCAUGACCGAGACUGGAUCAGCAAAGAAUUUCUGCCUGAGAACAGACGCAGACUGCAAGCUGCUCACAGCUACCUGACAGGAGAGCUGCAGGGCAUCGGUAUCCCCUAUCUACACAGGCCUGCUGGAUUCUAUGUAUGGGCAGACCUCAGGAAGUACCUCAGAGACUCUUCAUUUGUAGAGGAGCUUAGUCUGUGGAGGUGUUUCCUUAGACACAAGGUGGUGCUGAGCUGUGGUCAGGCCUUCUCCUGCUCUACACCUGGCUGGUUUCGUAUUGUCUUCACACACGAACAACAUCACUUGCAGCUCGGCGUGGCGCGAAUAAGGAAAGCUUUGAAAGAAACUGAAGAAAAAAUGGCCAGCCCUGCUGCAGGCCUUACCAGCGACACAAGUGAAGAGACAAAAAAGGCAUUGAAAAGGGACAGUGCAGAGUCAGACAAUGCUGUGAUUGUCAAUUCAGUGUCAUCUCCUCAGAGCAAGUCACCAGACCAGCUGAAGGUGCAGGGAAGUCCUGCCCUUGACGCCACCCCAUUGGCCGGUGAGGAGUUUGUGUUAGUGGACUGCCAAACAUCCAAACCUUCAGAGAGUCUGGACUCUUUGAUUGGCACUCUGAAACAGCAGAUCCGCUCCACUGAUUGGCUGGAGAAAAACACUCCAGAGCUGUCUGCCGGGGAGGACCCAGAGUUACUUGAUGUAUUUAAGGACCUGUUGCAAAGAGCUCGGGAGUAGGGUUAGGACCGAUGGAAGUAGAAAAACAACAUUUUAGUUGAUUUAUUAUUGCUCUAUGUUUUUAUUAAAAGGCAAAUCUGGGUUGCACCUGACCUGGGAUUGCUCAAACCUGAUGUUCAUCUUAGAGGAAUAUAAAGGAGGCAGCCCAGAUAGGGCUUAAAAAACCCAGGGGGAAGAUAAAGCAGGUAACACAAUCAAGAUGGAAGAAUACGACAGUAUUAAGUAACAAGUAUUAAGUAACAAAUAGAUGUGAGAUUUAGAGGAAUGACUUUUUAAAUACAUCUAGAUGCCUUAUUUUUAUGUUAUUAUGGAAGAUGGCCUUGGAAUUUUGUAAGCCAAAAUUACAAAGUUUGUUUACUUUGACUGUUCUAAAUCAAUACCAAAUGUGAAUUGACCAAAAUCAGUUGUUGUUUUUUCCUCAAAGACAUAAUCUAUAACUAUAUAUGAUCUCGUAUGCACUUUAUUUGUUAUCGGAUGCACUUUGCCUUCCAUGAAGUUGCUUGUAAAUA